CGGAGCGCGCCUCCUCUCCCGGGAGCGAGACCCGGCAGGCCCGGCGCUGAGCGUGCCCUCGCCUGCCGAGCCGGGCGCCGGCCGCAGUGCCCCUGAGGCCGCGGGGCGGGAACUGUGCACCCGCCUCGCAGCGUCCGGCUGGGGGCGGGCGCCGCGCCUCGGCGGGAGGUCCCGUGCAUCCUCCCCCGGCGUCCGCAGCCCAGCGGAGCUGCAGCCGCGACCGUGCGCCCCCAGAGCCCGCCCCGACUCCGCCUGGGUGGCCUCGGUCCUGGCCUCUAGGGGCGCCACCCUCCACGUGCAGGUCUGCGAGGCUGCACGCCACCGGCUCCGAGAAAGAAGGGUCUCCUCAUGUUCUGAUCUCUGUCUGCAGACACCUGCAUUUGCCACGAUGCUCUCAGCCAAUGACUUUGCAUCUGCUUCUUGGGACCUCGUGGUCCGAGUGGACCAUCCAGAUGAAGAGGAGCAGAAAGACAUCACCCUGAGAGUGUCCGGAGACCUGCACAUUGGGGGAGUGAUGCUCAAGUUAGUAGAACAGAUCAACAUAGCUCAAGACUGGUCAGACUUUGCCCUUUGGUGGGAACAAAAGCGUUGCUGGCUCCUGAAAACGCACUGGACCCUGGACAAAUGUGGAGUCCAGGCAGAUGCAGCGCUUGUCUUCACCCCUCAGCAUAAAAUGCUUCGCCUCCGCCUGCCAAACGUGAAGACGGUGAGAUUGCGAGUCAGCUUCUCGGCUGUGGUGUUUAAAGCUGUCAGUGAUAUCUGCAAAGCCCUGAAUAUUAGAAGACCAGAAGAACUUUCCUUGAUAAAGCCUUCUAGUGACUAUUUUAAAAAGAAGAAGAAAAAAGACAAGAAUAAUAAGGAGCCCUUAAUUGAAGACAUUUUAAACCUGGAGAGUUCUCCAACAAUUUCUGGGCCACCAGUAAGUCCCGGCUUGUACAGUAAAACCAUGACUCCCACGUAUGACCCCGUCAACGGAACGCCGGUGUCAUCCACCAUGACGUGGUUCAGUGACAGCCCUUUGACCGAACAAAACUGCAACAUCCUCGCAUUCAGCCAACCCCCACAGUCACCGGAGGCGCUGGCUGAUAUGUACCAGCCUCGGUCUCUGGUCGAUAAAACCAAGCUUAACGCAGGUUGGCUGGACUCCUCGCGUUCCCUCAUGGAACAGGGCAUCCAGGAAGAUGAGCAGCUGCUGUUACGAUUUAAAUACUACACCUUCUUUGACUUGAAUCCCAAAUACGAUGCUGUCCGAAUAAACCAGCUCUAUGAACAAGCCAGGUGGGCCAUUGUCUUAGAGGAAAUUGACUGCACAGAGGAAGAAAUGUUGAUCUUUGCAGCACUACAGUAUCACAUUAGCAAAUUGUCGUCGUCCGCUGAAAUACAGGAUUUCACAAGUGAGUCUGAGGUCGAUGAGGUGGAAGCAGCACUUUCCAAUUUGGAAGUGACCCUGGAAGGUGGAAGAGCGGACAGCACUUUGGAGGACAUCACUGAUAUCCCUAAACUUGCAGAUAAUCUCAAAUUAUUUAGGCCCAAGAAGCUAAUAUUAAAAGCUUUCAAACAAUAUUGGUUCGUCUUUAAAGACACGUCUAUAACCUACUUUAAAAACAAGGAACUUGAAGAAGGAGAACCAGUGGAAAAGUUAAAUCUUAGAGGCUGUGAAGUUGUGCCAGAUGUGAAUGUAGCAGGAAGAAAAUUUGGAAUCAAGUUACUAAUCCCUGUUGCUGAUGGUAUGAAUGAAGUGUAUCUGAGAUGUGACCAUGAGAAUCAGUAUGCCCAGUGGAUGGCUGCCUGUAUCUUGGCAUCGAAGGGCAAAACCAUGGCAGAUAGCUCCUACCAGCCAGAAGUCCUCAACAUUCUUUCAUUUCUGAGGAUGAAAAACCGGAACUCAACAUCUUCCGUGGCUUCCAGUCCUGAAAACAUGGACAUGAACCCGGAAUGUUUUGUGUCACCCCGGUGUGCAAAAAAACACAAGUCUAAACAGCUGGCAGCCCGGAUUAUGGAGGCCCACCAGAACGUGGCCCAGAUGUCCCUGGUUGAAGCCAAGCUGCGGUUCAUUCAGGCAUGGCAGUCUCUACCCGAAUUCGGCCUCACCUAUUACCUUGUCAGAUUUAAAGGAAGCAAGAAAGAUGACAUUCUGGGAGUUUCAUAUAAUAGGCUGAUUAGAAUCGAUGCAGCCACUGGGGUCCCAAUUACAACAUGGAGAUUCGCCAACAUGAAACAGUGGAAUGUAAAUUGGGAAAUCCGGCAGGUGGCGAUCGAGUUUGACCAGAACGUCUCCAUUGCGUUCACCUGCCUGAGUGCAGAUUGCAAGGUGGUGCAUGAAUACAUCGGUGGCUACAUUUUCUUGUCCACCCGCUCCAAGGGCCAGAAUGAAACACUCGACGAGGACCUGUUCCACAAGUUGACGGGCGGUCAGGAAUGAAGCAAAGCUGGCCUGCUGGGCCUACACACAGAGGGCGAGCCAGAGUCAAUGGAAAAAAUAACCUCGGGGGAGGAUUAACAAAAAAAUAAAAGUAAAAGAAUGCUCCUUGAUGUGACAUUUCACCUGCCUGCAGCCCAGUGCAGCUCUGCAUCACUUACCAAAGCCAGACCUGCAGUACAGCCCUCUUCCUUAGCUUUUCAGGCUUGUCUGACAUUGCCAUGGAAACGCUGAAAGAACCUGUUUCCACCAAACUUUCAGGGAACAUUUCUCCCACGACUACACAGCCACAUCCUAAAGGAAUAACCAAGUGUGACAUGAAACCUUAAAUGCUGCUGCUAUUCCAAAGAGGACAUUUUUUUGUUUUGUUUUUACUUUGGGCGCAAAAGGUCAUCUGACUACUUAUGACAACAUUUUAAAUUAAUGUGUGCCUUUCAACCCCAUUUGCUUUCUUAUCUACACGACAUUGGGAAAUCUGCCCUUUUUGUUGUUUUUAUGACUUUUCUAAUUAAAUGGUUUAUAUGGA